AUGCUCGUAUUUCUAGCACUAAUUUUCACGACAAGUUUCGCUUUCUGUCCCCUUGAUUCAGAGCGUGACAGCUCGGGUGAAUACUGCUAUUCGGUCUGCCCGUAUAAAUGGACACAUAUUCAGGCGAUGGCACAUUGCAAAAACUUUGCUCAAGCAGACGCCUCGAUUCACAACGCUUUUGACAACGUCGCACUGGGCCCGCCUUGCGAUGAUGAGUGGCUGUACUCGGCCAAGUUGAAGAGCUGCUACAAGAGAAUCGGCAACUUCUCCGGCAUCACCUGGCAGCAAGCUCGAGCGGAAUGUCAAGCAUUCGGAGCCGAUCUCACAUCGAUCCACUCUGAUGAAGAGAAUCGCAUUGUUGUAGAGCUAGCCGACACUUACCUCGACAUCCAGCUAAACUAUGCUAAUUGGACAACUGCCGCUACAUGGAUUGGUGGAUAUCGGACAGGCCCUAAAGCAACAGAUUUCGCGUGGACUGACGGCUCCAAAUUCGACUACACCCACUGGGCCUACACGGAGCCGGACAAUAAGGAUGGACAGCAACCGCAUGUCCAUGUUUUGACGACGCGCCAGAACCUGUACAAUAACGACGAUUCGAAAUAUCUCAAUAAAUGGGACGACAUUUAUGACAACGUCCGUGGCUAUAAUGCCAUUUGCAAGAAGAAAUCAAACUCA